CAGACUCGACUCGCGACGGCCGGUUGCACACCUCGCCUCGGUUGCACUCAGCUGCACACGCUACGCACAGAUACGCAUUCCAUUUCGACGCAUCGAGCACGCACGUCACAGCAGACCGGCACAGUAUCGAGCCGCAACCACGGUGUAGGAUACGGGAGGAUCAGGAAGAAAUCAGCUGUUCUUAGUCGUCACGCGCACCGUUUUUCCGCGCUGAAAGAAAAGCAGGAUGAGGGAGAUCGUGCAUCUGCAGGCUGGACAAUGCGGCAACCAAAUCGGCGCGAAGUUCUGGGAAGUCAUUUCUGAGGAGCACGGUAUCGACCAAUCAGGCAUUUAUCACGGGGACAGCGAUCUGCAGCUCGAACGAAUCUCCGUGUAUUAUAAUGAGGCGUCUGUUGCGACAUCCACGAAUGGAGGAAAAUACGUGCCACGCGCGAUCCUGCUGGAUCUGGAGCCAGGAACGAUGGACGCCGUACGAUCUGGCGCUUACGGGAAGCUCUUUAGACCGGACAACUUUGUGUUUGGGCAGUCCGGUGCCGGUAACAAUUGGGCGAAGGGCCAUUACACCGAGGGUGCCGAGUUGGUCGACUCUGUUCUCGACGUGGUGCGAAAGGAGUGCGAGAACUGCGAUUGUCUUCAAGGUUUUCAACUCACUCACUCGCUGGGAGGCGGCACCGGAUCUGGAAUGGGCACCCUGCUGAUCUCCAAGAUCCGCGAGGAAUAUCCUGAUCGGAUUAUGAACACUUACUCGGUGAUGCCGUCGCCUAAAGUGUCUGAUACUGUCGUCGAACCAUACAACGCGACUCUGUCGGUGCAUCAAUUGGUGGAAAACACCGACGAAACUUAUUGCAUCGAUAACGAGGCCUUAUACGACAUCUGUUUCCGCACUCUCAAGGUUUCCAAUCCGAGUUACAACGACCUCAAUCACCUGGUCUCGCUCACUAUGUCCGGAGUGACGACUUGUCUCAGGUUCCCCGGACAGUUGAAUGCCGAUCUUAGAAAGCUCGCGGUGAAUAUGGUACCCUUCCCACGCUUGCACUUCUUCAUGCCGGGCUUUGCGCCUCUGACGUCCAGGUCCAUGCAACAGUACUCGGCACUUUCCGUGCCAGAGCUCACCCAGCAAAUGUUUGACGCGAAGAACAUGAUGGCGGCCUGCGAUCCUCGUCACGGCCGAUAUCUCACUGUGGCGGCUGUCUUCCGCGGCAGAAUGUCGAUGAAGGAGGUGGACGAGCAAAUGCUCAGCGUACAGAACAAAAACAGCUCAUACUUUGUCGAGUGGAUACCGAACAAUGUGAAGACCGCCGUCUGCGACAUCCCACCGAAGGGCUUGAAAAUGUCGUCGACUUUCAUCGGCAAUACCACCGCUAUUCAAGAGCUAUUCAAAAGGAUCUCUGAGCAAUUCACGGCGAUGUUCAGAAGGAAAGCCUUCCUUCACUGGUAUACCGGUGAAGGCAUGGACGAAAUGGAGUUCACCGAAGCCGAAUCGAACAUGAAUGAUCUGGUAUCCGAAUACCAGCAGUAUCAGGAAGCCACAGCGGAGGAGGACUUUGAAGCAGAAGAGUGCGCCGAUGAUUUCGAAACUUGCGAGCAGGAAAAUUGAAAACAACGCGAUGCUGCUCUCUUUUUCUGAUUCUAUCUUCAGCUUUUCUUGUCCCGUUAUCGUAGAAACUUGCGGAAUGACCGAUUGUGCGCUUGCGAGAAACCGCCUUUUGAUACUUUUAUAUAUGAUACGCUUUGUAAUUGAUGAAGUGAAUGUAAUAUAGGUGAUUGAAAUGAUUUUUAUACGAUAUUGUGAUACCAUGAUAUUUAUAUAUAUGAAUAUAUAUGAUAUAUAUUUAUGAGGAUUAGUAAUUGAAGGUAAAUGAUAUAAUUGCGGCAAAGAAUAAAUUAAAGAAUAAUUAUUAAUUACGCCUAUAUUAUAUUCAGCUCUAUUAGUGAUAAUUAUAAAAAUCUUAAUAUGUUGCUUGGAUAAAUGUAACAUGAAUUGAAUUGUAAUAAAAAUCCUUGAAAAAUCA